AUGGCAGGAUCAGCAGCAGAAGAUGUUUGUGUUAUGGGAGUGGCGCGAACGCCUAUAGGAGACUUUCUUGGCUCCGACACUCGUGGAAGAGGUCUUCUUUGGCAAUGUCUUAACCGCCAAUCUCGGUCAAGCACCGGCAAGACAAGCUGCACUUGGUGCCGGGAUUUCUUAUUCCAUGAUCUGCACUACUGUCAACAAACUGUAAUGCUAGCUGCUCAAAGUAUCCAGCUCGGUUUGAAUGAUGUUGUUGCUAGCUGCUCAAACUUUACUUGA